AUGGAUACGUUUAAAAACUUUUCGGCGAUUCUGGAAGGUUGGUUUAAGGCGCAUGAUAUUCCGGAGCAUUUGCAGCAUAAACUUUUUGAAAAAAUUCGAGAUGACGUUUUCGACGCCGGUGAUUCUUUUUCUUUGGCCAUGAUAUCAAAUGAAGAUUCUGAGGACAGUGUUGAUGUUUCACAAGGGGAAACUGAUGCAGAGGCAGAAACAGAAGUAAAAGAAUGUGAUAAUAAUGGUACAGAGUAUGUUUUACUUUCUACAAAGGAUUUACGAGCAAAGGAAGAUAUUUGGCUUGUUGACCAUUGCUGUACCUUUCGUCUUCGUGGGUUUCGUGAACACCUUGAGGCUAAUGAAGGGCUUCGAAAUCGUUUGGGGCAUAUUCUCUCACUUAAUUUAUCUAAUACCAAUGUAAAAGAGGAUGUUCAAUCUAUUUUUGAUCAUAUGUGGAAAAAAGUUGGUUCUUAUCGACUUGCCGCAUCAGUUGAUGCAGGAGACUCUCAGUAUGAUAGUUACUGGUUUAUUCAUGAUGAAGUUGGCAGUGCUAUCCGAAUAGUGACAGAUGAAACAGGAAAUAUGAAAUUGGAGCCUAUGCCUGUUUGUUUUCCAGAAAAAGGUGCUGUCUUUUCUGUAAUGUGGUGUGUUGAGGAUAUGGAGGAGGGUACAAUAGCCACACGAAAAGCUGUUUCAGUUUUAGAAAUGGCAAAUGCAGGAGGGAAAGAAGCAUUGGAACUUAUGUAUGGAAAUAAAAAUGAGGAAGCAUAUGUGGAAGCCAAGAAAGUCUGUGUAGAGUCAUGGCAACGAUUGGUGAAUAUAUUAAAAAAUACUACUUCUGUUAAUGUUAAUAACUUUUCUUCUGAGGAAAAAACUAUGCCUUUAUCAGUGAAAACGGAGGUUGAAAUUCCAUUUCGUGUAUUUACAGAUAGUGAGUUGGUUGCUGAUAAUCUCACCGAUACGUCUAAUUUUAUAUUGGUUGAUCAUCCAGAGGAAGCGGAUGUGGUAUGGAUUUCGCAUGAUAUUAUUGAAGAUUCUAAUGAUUACCAGAAAGCAAAAUUUAUCUCACAAUUUCCUGAAGAACGUAUUUUUACAAGUAAACAAGGUUUAUUAAAACUUAUUCAAAAUACAUUGGGAUAUGUAGAUUGGUAUCAAGUUGGGUAUGACACGGUUUCACAACUUCGUGAAUUUAUUGGUGAUUAUAUGGUACGACAAGCGCGGUUGCAAGGAGGUGAUGAUACCAAUAUAGUCUCUCAAGAACAUAUGAGUCACUUGCGUAAUGAAGAUGGUACAAAUUUAUGGAUAACUAAACCUGUAAAUUUGGCGCGGAGUAUUGAUAUGACAAUUUCUUCUAAUCUUGAUGCAUUAAUUAAAGCAAUGGAAACAGGACCCAAAGUGGUUUGCAAAUAUAUUGCAAACACUGCUACGUUGCGUGGUCGCAAAUUUGAUCUAAGAUUUAUUGUGGCUGUUCGAUCGUUCUUUUCAGAUGAAACACCUUUGGAAGCAUAUGUAUACAACGUUUUCUGGACGCGUUUUGCAUUAGAAGAUUAUGCACUUGAUGGGUUUGACUGUUAUGAAAAACACUGGACUGUAAUGAAUUACGCCAAUCCAGAAAAAUUACUACAAUUACAUGAUAAAGAUUUUAUUAAAGAAUUAAACAACGAAUACGCUGCGAAAGGAUAUGGUUCUUCUAUUUGGGAAACUGAUGUUUACCCAAAAAUUUUAAAAAUGCUUAACGAGGCACUUGGGGCGGUAAGACUCAAGAAUACUGGUCAUAGCCGUUGUCGAGCUAUUUACGGUAUUGAUGCGAUGUUGCGUGAAACAAUCUGCGCUAAGUCUGGACAAAAGACACUGGAGCCAAGUUUGUUAGAAAUAACCUAUGGCCCUGAUUGUCGGCGCGCCUGUAAAUACCACCCAGAUUUUUUCAAUGAUGUAUUUCACACGCUUUUCCUCGGAACACCGAGUGGUAUGACCAAGCUUCCGUAG